AUGAAAUUGACAGUUGAUAGUUUUGACAAUAAAUAAUGAUUUUAUCAUUACUUAGAAGUUAGCUGUUAGACUUAGUCGAGUUUGAAGUACUUACCUACUCAUCUAAUAUGUCAUCAACGGCACCCUUAAUUAUAAGGUUAUUAGCUUCGUCGGUGUCUGUGGCAGGUCGAGCUGGCAAAAUUGUGAGAGAUGUUAUGAGCAGAGGGGAACUAGGAAUAGUUGAAAAGGGCAAAGACGACUAUCAGACUGAAGCUGAUAGAUCAGCACAGCGAUGUAUCAUAUCAUCCUUAUCAUCACUGUAUCCUAAAGUCAAUAUUAUUGGAGAGGAAGGAAAUCCUGACUCAGAGGGUGAAAUCCCAAGUGAAUGGCUUCAGAUUGAGGCAGACAAGGAAGUUAUGUUAUUGGAAUGUCCUUCAAGUUUGCAAGGUGUUAAAGAAGAGGAUAUUGUUGUAUGGGUCGACCCUCUGGACGGGACUUCCGAGUAUACUCAAGGUGCGUUAAUGUUGAAGCGGGAUCCUUGGGAAAGAUGGAAAAUGUAUUUAAAACAUCCACUGAUAAGUAUCAAAUGGUAUUUAAGUUUACGACACUCAAACUAUGGUUUCCUCGAGCAUGUUACUGUGCUUAUUGGUAUAUCAGUCAAUGAGAAGCCAGUGGCCGGUGUUAUACACCAGCCAUAUUUCAAAACUAUGGUCGGGGAGGAGAAGCAAAUGGGUAGAACGAUUUGGGGCCUCCAAGGAGUUGGUGUCGGAGGCUACAUACCAGCUCCUCCACCAGAUUCGCUUGUCAUCACGACAACAAGAAGUCAUUCAAACCCAGUUGUAGAGAAAGCUUUGCAAGUCAUGAAUGCAGCACAAGUUUUGAGGGUCGGCGGUGCUGGUUAUAAGGUGUUACAGUUACUAGAGGGUAAAGCAUCAAUAUAUGUAUUUGCAAGUCCCGGAUGCAAAAAGUGGGAUACAUGCGCUCCUGAGGCCGUACUUAGUGCUGCUGGCGGGAAAUUGACAGAUAUUUUGGGGGAUUUCUACAAAUAUGGAGCAUCGGUCACCCAUCCUAACAAGACUGGCGUGUUGGCUGCGGUUAACGAUGAGCUUCACAACUAUGCAUUGAGUCGGAUACCACAAGAAUUAAAAGACAAACUAUCCGGUAAUUAACUUGAGAUGAAGAUUAAUUCAAAUAACUGUAUAUUAAUUGUAAAAGUGAAACUUUUUCGUGAUAUAAGAUUUAAAUAAAUUAUUUAUAGCAACGAUUC